GCUCGUCGCGGGGACCCAGCCCCCUCACCAUGGGGGCACAGGACACCCUGCCUGUCGCCGCCGCCUUCACGGAAACCGUCAACGCGUACUUCAAAGGGGCCGACCCCAACAAGUGUAUCGUGAAGAUCACGGGGGAGAUGGUGCUGUCGUUUCCAGCGGGCAUCACCCGACAUUUUGCCAACAACCCCUCUCCAGCAGUCCUCACCUUCCGUGUGCUGAACUACAACAGGCUGGAGCACGUCCUGCCAAACCCCCAGCUCCUCUGCUGUGACAACACACAGAGUGACGCCAACACGAAGGAGUUCUGGGUCAACAUGCCAAAUCUGAUGACUCACCUAAAGAAGGUAUCAGAACAGAAACCACAAGCCACCUAUUACAAUGUGGAUAUGCUCAAAUACCAGGUAUCUGCCCAGGGUAUUCAGUCUACUCCAUUAAACCUUGCAGUGAGCUGGCGGUGUGACCCUGCAAGCACUGACCUCCGCAUUGACUACAAAUACAAUACAGAGGCAAUGACCACACCGGUCGCUCUAAACAACGUCCAGUUCCUUGUCCCCGUCGACGGAGGAGUAACCAAACUUCAAGCUGUGCUUCCUCCUGCUGUCUGGAACGCCGAACAGCAAAGGAUAUUGUGGAAGAUCCCUGAUAUCUCUCAGAAGUCAGAAAAUGGAGGUGUGGGGUCUCUACUGGCCCGAUUCCAGCUCUCGGAGGGGCCGAGCACCCCGGCCCCCCUGGCCGUGCAGUUCACCAGCGAGGGAAGCACGCUCUCCAGCUGCGACAUCGAGCUCGUCGGUGCCGGCUACCGCUUCUCCCUCAUCAAGAAGAGGUUUGCAGCAGGUAAAUACUUGGCCGAUAACUGAUGGAAGCUUAUGCAAGUCUAUGGAAAAUAAUAUGGAAAAUACCCAAGGACUGCUGUGCGUGGAACGGGUUUUAAUUACAGUUUAAGGAAAAUGAACUAAAUCCUGCACUCGGGACAUUUCUGUUGGAAGUGUCGACAAGUUUCAGCAUUUUUUUUUCCUUGGAAAACACCGUCUUGACCAGUCCUACAGUAUUUACUUCUAGAUGUAACAUUGUUAAUGGUUUUAAAAUGUAAUUAUUGUAUUUGUAAAUUGUACUCAUUCCAGUAAGGCUGUAUUUUGGGCAGUUAGACACUUGAGUUUUAGCAUUUUACCAUUCAUGAAAUGGAUGUAAUUUAAACUGUGGUAUAUAAAUUUAAUAGUAGUACUGUUGAAUGGCACAAUGCUUACAGAGGUAGAUUACAUUUUUGUCAAUAUAUACGAUUUAAAUACAAUACUGAUAACUGUUAGGAAGGGGGUGCCUCAUCAAGAGAGA